AUGUCUCAAGAACUGGAAGAGCAAAUAGCUCAGCUCAGAAAGAAAAAAUGGGUUGACCUGCAUGGUCUGAUCACUUGCGCGACCACUCACCUUUCCACUAUCGGCCCACACGCACACCCCAGCCUGAGUUGCCUUUCCAUUUCACUUCUUGGUCGAGGUAGCUAUAACAGUGUCUACAAACUCGUGUUCAGCGAUGGCACUUGUAUAGCUGCUAGUGUCUCCAAUCAUGACGAAGAACACUUCAAUCCCCAGGCAAAGCGAUCCGAGAUUGAAACCAUGAGAUUUGUGCGCGAGUCAGGGCUAUAUCCCGACAUUCCAGUACCGAAAGUAUAUGCAUGGGAUUUCACAUUCACUAAUCCCGCGCGGGCCCCCUAUGUCUUAAUGGAAGUUAUGCCAGGAACAACUCUAGAUGAUUUACGGGAUGAUCACGGUCUACGUGGUCUAGACACUCUACCCCCCACACAGAAGCUUCACAUCGUGAAGUCGCUGGCAAAGCUGCAGGCAUCGCUUUCAAGGCCUGUGCCCUUUGAUGAAACAGGGAGUAUCACGACCAAUGCAAAGGGAAAGUUCGCUGUAGGUCCGCUUAUGACGCUGACGCAGAAAUGUCUAGGCGGCCCUUACAAGUCCGUAGACGAACUGUGGCGUGCUCGGCUGGAGCAUGAAAUACUACACGCCCUCCAAGAAUGGAGUGGCAUCGAGACGGACGAACUCUCCCAGUCUCUCUCUGAGCCGACGUGCACUCCCCAGACAUUCGCGGAGCUCUUUCAACUACUCUCUUCACUCAUCCCCCAAUUCAAACCACCGAGCCCAUAUCUUCCUCUAUGUCUGCACCAUCCAGACCUUGCUCUCCGUAAUGUUUUCUUCGACAUAUCCUCGCUUCCUGACGGUCUCCCGAAAAUAACGGGCGUGAUUGACUGGGGAGGUGCACAGAUCCUCCCUCUCAUGCUGACUGCCGUGUACCCGGACGACAUCAUGUCCACGGGCGACGACCCCUGUGCACGCCCGGAAUAUCCAGAUGAAGACUGGCGAUCCGUCCCCUGUGACUGGACCUCCCUUGGGGAUACCUCACAAUGGCCGCAGGCGUUCCGCGGCCCAGGCGACCCAGUCGACCUCACAAUACGCGCGCACGAGAUGGUACGAAGGUUUUACCUACGUACAUACUUUAGUGCGUGCUACGCGGAGGAGUUACACAGGAAACAUGGAGACACAGACUUGGCACAUGCGACGUUGUUUGCCGACGCGCCGUAUUAUUUGAAGUUCCAUGAGACGGUUUGUGGCGGCAGGACAAACUGGGUCGAGCAUGCGAGUUGGAUACGAGAAACAUACUGGAGAUUGAGGAUUGCAGGGCAAGGCAUGGGAAGAGAAUCAGGAACGCUUAUCGUUGGACCGAACAUUUACCGAGAAUCUGUGGAGCCAGCGGUACGCGAUUUGGGUAUUUUCGAAGAAUCAGGCUAG